GAAAUUCAAAGAAAGGCCACGAGGUCAAUCAACGAGACCGGCGGCUAGCAUUCGUUUAAGUAGUUCUUCUCGGGUCCUCUAGAAGCGCGUUUCAUGCCAGGAUAACAGCUAGGAUGUCGAACGAGAAGAAACCAGUAAAGAAACAUGACAUAAAAUGGGCUGCCGUUUUGUGGUACAUCCACCUCCACGUUCUCGGAAUCUACGGGAUCUGGUUGCUGUUCACUUCCGCCAAAUGGAUGACUGUGUUCUUUACGAUCCUUAUAACAGCCAUCGGCAGUUUGGGGGUGACAGUGGGUGCUCACAGACUGUGGGCCCAUAAGACAUUCAGAGCAUCGGGGGCUCUCCGGUUCUCCCUCGUGUUGGCGCACACCCUUGCGGGAGUGGGUCCCAUUUACGAUUGGGUAUUGUAUCACAGACUACAUCACAAGUAUUACGGAACUGAUAAGGAUCCUUACAACCACAAAAAGGGAUUUUUAUUCAGCCACUAUGUAGGCAACUUCCUGUCACGGAAAAUCGACUACGAGCAAGCAAAAAUCGACAUCGAUAUGCGCGAUGUCGAACAAGAUGGAUAUGUGUGGAUACAAAAGAUGUUCUACUGGCCAAUGUUUAUCAUUUUUGGAUUAAUACUGCCACUGAACGUGCCGUUGGAAUAUUGGGACGAAUCAAUGGCGAUCACUAUACUCGUCACCGGAUUGUUACGGUUCGCCAUUACGGUGAACGUUUCCUGGAUGGUGAACAGCGCGUUGCUGAUCUGGAAUAUCGAAGGAAACAAGGUUCCACCGGAUGGCAUCAGUGUGUUUUUUGUGAAAAAGUCAUUUUGGCCAAUGUACCAUUAUGCAGUGCCAUGGGACUGGAAAAGCGGCGAGUUUGGCACUUACGAUUCCGGUUGUAGCACUUUCUUCAUCAAGAUGUGGUACGAGCUCGGUUUGAUUAAUGAUUUACAAACAGUGGACACCGACAGCAUCAGAGAGGUUCUCCACAGGGUGGCGAGAAAGAAGUUGCCACUGAACGAAGGUCUGACGCAACUCAAGGAGAUCUCCGUGUACAAUACACAGAAAGAAAAAUUAUUGAUUCGUAAUUGAACCGGAAGAGCAAAUUUUCCAGAUCCAUUCCACCAAUCUUUGUUUGUCAAUUGAUAUCGACGAGUCAUUUUAAUUAUCGACAAAUGACAAAUGUAACAAUUAAAUUUGACGCGUUCAGGUGGAAAUAUAGUGAAUUGUACAAAUAAUAA